UAUUAUUGAAAUUCUUCCUUCGCUUCGCAUUGAUGGCUGCCCUUCUCACUUCUUUUUUUGCUACUCCAGUUUUUGCUGCUCGAAGAGCAAGGAGGCCUUCCAGGGUAUCAAGCUUAAUGGCCACCCUUGAACGUUGUGUCCAAGUGGUUGAGAGGUGGGAGUUGCCUCAGUCACAGAUUAGCUACACAGUUCCGGCCACCCUUGACGACGUCCUUGAACGUUGUAUACAAUUUGUGGAGAGGUGGGAGUUGCCUCAGUCACAGAUUAGCGACACGGUUCGGGCCAUCCUUUUGGACAUCCUCGAACGUGUUGAGAGUGGGCGAGUGUGUGCAGAGCGUGCCGUGUUGAACCAAGGCUUGACUCUUGAGGAACCUUUGAGUAACCGGGCCGUUCUCGUCCCUGCCUACUCCCUCUCAGAACAAGCAAUCCAGCAGACUGCAGCUGGGUCCCACAUCGUCGACAUCAACUGGGUCCCUGCCUACUACAUCCCAGAAAAAGCUCCCGCCUCCUCCACGGCUACCACAGCCGUCGAGCCAACGGCCGCGUGGUGAGAGAAGGGAAGCUGCAGAAGAGCUCCUGGUUUGACCAUUUCUUGGUGAGUUCAGGUGGUCAUCGUCCACGUUCUGAGAGAGGGAGCCAUAUGUGUAUUUUCAGCACUGGAUCUUCAUUCAGAUUGUUUGUUUAAUGGGAGAAGAGACCCAUCGUGACACUGACAUCUUACUUCGGCUUCUUAGUUCUUUCCUCAAUAAUAUAGCUAUUAUUCUAGCGCUUAGUUCUUUUUGAAAAAUCUGAUUGGAGGCCUAACCUUGUUGUUCCUGUGGAACUGAACUGUCUUUUGUAACGCACGUUGUUUUGGCCCAGUAUAAAUUUUUCUUA